CCUCAUGUAAUAAAGAGGAGAAGAGGAGGCCUGAUUGAACAGAAGGAUAUCAUCAAAGCUCACCAGGCGCAUAAGAUGCACAGCACGCCCCAAGCAAGACGGAAAGAGUGGGAGAUGGCUCGUUUUGGAGAGGCUGUGGCUGGGAGGUUGGGGUCCGGAGAUGGAGGAUCAGAAAGGAGCAAGACUCUCCAAGGCUCCCCAGCUGCUCCAGUGGGGACCCAGGCAGCUUUCAAGCAAUCCAAAGCCCAAAGAGCAAGGACUAUGGCUUUAUAUAACCCCAUUCCUGUCCGGCAGAAUUGCUUCACAGUGAACAGGUCGUUGUUCAUCUUUGGAGAAGACAACAUCUUAAGGAAAUAUGCUAAGAAGCUCAUCGACUGGCCUCCUUUUGAAUACAUGAUCCUUGCCACAAUCAUCGCAAACUGCAUCGUCCUUGCUCUGGAGCAGCAUCUUCCAGGAGAUGACAAGACGCCUAUGGCUCGUAGAUUGGAGAAGACAGAACCCUAUUUUAUAGGGAUAUUUUGCUUUGAAGCCGGAAUUAAAAUUGUGGCUCUGGGAUUUGUGUUCCACAAAGGUUCUUACCUCCGGAAUGGCUGGAACGUUAUGGACUUUAUUGUAGUACUCAGUGGCAUUUUGGCCACGGCCGGUACUCACUUUAAUACUCAUAUAGACCUACGCACCUUGCGGGCAGUGCGUGUACUCAGGCCACUGAAACUGGUCUCUGGAAUCCCAAGUUUACAAAUCGUCUUGAAAUCCAUAAUGAAGGCGAUGGUCCCUCUACUUCAGAUUGGGUUGCUGCUUUUUUUUGCCAUUCUUAUGUUUGCAAUUAUUGGACUUGAGUUUUACAGCGGCAAACUGCACAAAGCCUGUUACCGGAACCAGUCAGCAUGGGAAGCAUUGGAUCCUCCUCACCCCUGUGGAGUACCUGGAUGUCCAGAUGGAUAUGACUGUAAGGAAUGGAUUGGACCUAAUGAUGGAAUCACUCAGUUUGACAACAUCCUAUUUGCGGUCCUGACCGUCUUCCAGUGUAUAACCAUGGAGGGCUGGACCACAGUGCUGUACAAUACCAAUGAUGCCUUAGGACCCACCUGGAACUGGCUGUACUUUAUUCCUCUAAUUAUUAUUGGGUCUUUCUUUGUCCUCAAUCUAGUCCUUGGUGUUCUAUCUGGUGAAUUUGCCAAAGAGAGAGAGCGUGUGGAGAACCGACGGGCUUUCAUGAAGUUGCGCAGGCAGCAGCAGAUUGAGAGGGAACUGAAUGGGUAUCGGGCUUGGAUAGAUAAAGCUGAGGAAGUUAUGUUAGCUGAAGAAAAUAAAAAUUCUGGGACCUCUGCUUUAGAAGUUCUGAGGAGGGCAACAAUAAAACGGAGUAGAACAGAAGCCAUGAAUCGGGAAACAAAUGAGGAUCAUUGUGUUGACAUAUCUUCUGUCGGCACUCCUCUUGCAAGAGCUAGUAUUAAAAGUAACAAAAUGGACGGUGCAUCUUAUUUUCGUCACAAAGAACGACUUCUACGUAUAUCUAUACGCCAUAUGAUCAAAUCACAAGUUUUCUAUUGGAUGGUCCUAGGAUUUGUAGCUCUCAACACAGCCUGUGUGGCCAUCGUGCACCAUAACCAGGCAACAUGGCUCUCCAAUAUUCUCUACUAUGCAGAAUUUCUGUUUCUUGGGUUAUUUAUGAUGGAGAUGUCUCUCAAGAUGUAUGGAAUGGGCCCCCGCCUCUACUUCCACUCAUCAUUUAAUUGUUUCGACUGUGGGGUCACAAUAGGAAGUACAUUUGAAGUCCUUUGGGCCAUAUUUAGACCUGGUACAUCUUUCGGAAUCAGUGUCUUAAGAGCUCUGCGUCUUUUAAGGAUCUUUAAAAUAACCAAAUACUGGGCCUCUUUGAGGAACUUGGUGGUGUCUUUGAUGAAUUCCAUGAAGUCGAUUAUCAGCCUGCUCUUCCUCCUUUUUCUCUUCAUUGUUGUGUUUGCACUAUUGGGAAUGCAAUUGUAUGGUGGCAGAUUUAAUUUUAAUGACGGCACUCCUUCCGCAAAUUUCGAUACAUUUCCUGCAGCCAUCAUGACCGUGUUUCAGAUUUUAACUGGAGAAGACUGGAAUGAGGUGAUGUACAAUGGUAUCCGGUCACAGGGUGGAGUCAGUUCUGGAAUGUGGUCUUCCAUUUAUUUCAUCGUUCUCACGCUAUUUGGCAACUAUACACUUCUCAAUGUAUUUCUUGCCAUUGCUGUGGAUAAUUUGGCCAAUGCACAGGAGCUGACCAAGGAUGAGCAGGAAGAAGAGGAGGCAUUUAACCAGAAACAUGCUCUUCAAAAAGCCAAGGAGGUCAGCCCUAUGUCUGCACCUAAUGCAUCAUCUGUUGAGAAGGAACGCAGAAAGCGGCAUACAAUGUCUAUUUGGGAGCAACGCACAAGCCAGCUAAGGAGGCAUAUACAGAUGUCCAGUCAAGAAGCUCUCCAGAAUGAAGAACUGGCAGCUCUGAACCCUCAUUCUAGUAUAUAUCGCAAGACUAAAGCAUUAGAAGCUGCAAUAGAUGAAAAUGUAGAUAAACAAGAGGAGAAAACGGAUGUCAAUGCCAGUGAGAGUCACAUUAAUGGCGAAGAAAGCCCUUCUCACAGAAAUCUCAGGGAAAACUGGAGACAGAAAUCUAAGCAUGGCAAUGCUGAAACUGCAGAACAGAAUGGUACUACCCCUGAAGACACUAUAAAGAGGAGGCAGAGCCAGAGACGGAGCCGUCACAAAAAAGUUAGAACUGAGGGUCGAGAAACAUCCAGCACAGCUAACAGCACGACGACUAGCCAGGAUGGUGGCCUUGACAAAGAAAAUACAGGGGAUGCAAAAAUACUUACUGAGGAAAAAAGCAACGGGGAAGCAAAAGAAGUGAAAGGAUCUGAAGAGGACCCACCCAAGAGCUGUACAAGACACUGUGAAGAGAGAAAUGACAGGACAGUGGGAUGUGAGAGCACUGGUCCCAACACUGCUCCUUUGCAGGAAAUGAGCCAUGGGAGGAAUGGCAGCCCCCCAGACAUGGAUUGCAGUGAGCAGGCCUUACUGGGCAGUCUGCGAAGUCAAGAGGAAAGUCCAAAUCCCACCAGCUGUAGUUUGGCUGACGUGUCUAGCAGCACUGAGAGGAUCACAGAGAGCACAGUGAUCACCAUACCAGAUGUUGGGAUGCAUUCCGACUGCACCGUGGUACAGAUGAAUGAAGGAAAGGAUGGAGAGGUUGCUCUUGUAUGUCAGGAACAAGAAAAGGAGGAUGAAGAGGAACCUGAGGAUGUAGAAGAGAGGACAGUGAAAAGAAAAGAAAAACUAUUAGAGUCCCCCAAAGCCAUUGUACCAUACAGUUCAAUGCUUAUCUUCAGCUCUACCAAUCCGAUAAGGAAAGUAUGUCAUUAUAUUGUGAACCUACGUUAUUUUGAAAUGUGCAUCUUACUUGUGAUCGCCGCUAGCAGUAUAGCUUUAGCAGCAGAAGACCCUGUGCUGACCAACUCUGAUCACAACAAGGUUCUCCGUUAUUUCGAUUAUGUCUUUACUGGAGUCUUCACUUUUGAGAUGGUUAUUAAAAUGAUAGAUCAAGGUUUAAUUCUACAUGACGGCUCAUAUUUCCGUGACCUCUGGAAUAUCUUGGAUUUUGUGGUAGUAGUGGGGGCCCUAGUGGCUUUCGCCUUGGCGAAUGUCUUGGGGACUAACAAAGGCCGGGACAUCAAGACAAUUAAAUCUUUGCGUGUUCUUCGAGUGCUGCGUCCGCUCAAAACCAUCAAACGUCUCCCAAAGCUGAAGGCAGUGUUUGAUUGUGUGGUUAACUCUUUGAAGAAUGUCUUUAAUAUCCUCAUCGUGUACAAACUCUUCAUGUUUAUAUUCGCCGUCAUUGCUGUUCAACUUUUCAAGGGCAAGUUCUUCUACUGCACAGACAGCUCAAAGGAUACAGAGAAAGAAUGCAUAGGAAGUUAUAUAGACCAUGAGAAAAACAAGAUGGAAGUAAAAAGGAGAGAGUGGAAGAGACAUGAUUUCCACUAUGACAAUAUCAUAUGGGCGCUGCUUACGCUCUUCACAGUGUCUACUGGGGAGGGUUGGCCUCAAGUUCUUCAGCAUUCAGUGGAUGUGACUGAAGAAGAUAGGGGCCCAAGUCGGAGCAACCGCAUGGAGAUGUCCAUUUUUUAUGUCGUCUAUUUUGUAGUCUUCCCCUUUUUUUUCGUCAAUAUAUUUGUGGCUCUUAUUAUCAUUACCUUUCAAGAACAAGGAGAUAAAAUGAUGGAGGAAUGCCGGCUCGAAAAGAAUGAGAGAGCCUGCAUAGACUUUGCUAUAAGUGCCAAGCCUCUCACCCGCUACAUGCCACAGAAUCGCCAUACCUUCCAGUACCGUGUGUGGCAUUUUGUAGUCUCUCCAUCAUUUGAAUACACCAUUAUGGCUAUGAUUGCCCUAAACACUGUUAUACUUAUGAUGAAGUAUUACUCAGCUCCAUACACUUAUGAACUUGCGUUAAAAUAUUUAAACAUUGCCUUUACUAUGCUAUUUUCUCUGGAGUGCAUCCUGAAAAUCAUUGCGUUUGGAUUCCUGAACUAUUUCAGGGACACUUGGAAUAUUUUUGACUUUAUUACAGUAAUUGGCAGCAUCACAGAGAUUAUUCUUACAGACAGUAAGUUGGUGAACACAAGCAGCUUCAAUAUGAGUUUCCUGAAGCUUUUCCGAGCUGCGCGACUUAUUAAGCUUCUUCGGCAGGGUUACACAAUCCGGAUUUUAUUAUGGACUUUUGUGCAGUCUUUCAAGGCUCUGCCGUACGUCUGUCUCUUGAUUGCAAUGCUGUUCUUCAUCUAUGCCAUUAUUGGUAUGCAGGUGUUUGGAAACAUCCGUCUAGAAGAGGAAAGCCAUAUUAACAGACACAAUAACUUCAGGAGUUUCUCCAGUUCCCUUAUGCUCCUCUUCAGGAGCGCCACAGGUGAAGCCUGGCAGGAGAUCAUGUUAUCAUGUCUCGGUGAUAAGGGUUGUGAGCCAGACACCACUGCACCCUCUGGGCAAAACGAGAAUGAACGUUGUGGGACUGACCUGGCCUAUGUCUAUUUUGUUUCCUUCAUCUUCUUUUGCUCAUUUCUGAUGUUAAAUCUGUUUGUCGCCGUCAUAAUGGACAACUUUGAAUACUUGACAAGAGACUCUUCGAUUUUGGGUCCACAUCAUCUGGAUGAGUUUGUUCGAAUCUGGGCUGAAUAUGAUAGAGCAGCAUGUGGCAGAAUACCCUAUAAGGAUAUGUACAAAUUAGUCCGAGUCAUCUCGCCUCCGCUCGGCCUAGGAGAGAACUGCCCCUACAGGCUGGCAUGCAAGAGAUUGGUCCUGAUGAAUAUGCCAGUAACAGAGGAUAUGACCGUACACUUCACAUCUACGCUCAUGGCUCUAAUCCGGACGGCACUGGAUAUUAAAAUAGCCAAAGGUGGAGCUGACAGGCAACAACUGGACUCCGAGCUGCAGAACGAAAUACUGGCAAUUUGGCCAAAUCUGUCUCAAAAAAUGUUGGACCUACUUGUGCCCAUGCCGAGAUCCACUGACUUAACUGUGGGCAAGAUUUAUGCUGCCAUGAUGAUCAUGGACUACUAUAAGCAGAGUAAAGCAAAGAAACAAAGACAACAGCUGGAGGAACAGAAAAAUGCUCCAAUGUUUCAGAGGAUGGAAGCGUCAUCCUUACCGGAGGAGAUACUAUCCAAUGCCAAAGCCUUACCAUACCUCCAGCAGGAUACUCUGUCAGGCCUGGAUGCCUUCCCGUCACUCAGUCCUUUAUCCCCUGAAGAAAUAUUUCAAGCACCAUGUCUGGACAAUGAUGAUGAAGACUUUGAAGAGCAGCUGUCUCUGGAGCCAGAGGUUAGAAAGUUUAGCAGGGAGCAGCUCCCUAGCCAAGACAGCUACAUCCCAGUGGAGAUGCUGGAACGUCCAGCGUCCGUGAGAGCUUCUUCCAUGCCACGUCUGGCAGAAAACCCCCAGGUCCUGUCUGAUGUCAGCUCCAUGCGGCGUUCCUUCUCCACCACAGCUGACAAGCGUGUACGUAGCUCCUGGCUAGAAGACUUCUCUUUAGAUAGAAGCGGUCUGGAUAGUGGCUACAAGCAGCAGCGUCGCAGCUAUCAUGCCUCUUUAAGGCUAUCCACUCAUCGAAUAAAUACAGAUACAGGUCAUCGGCUAGACUCCCACCGUUCAGGAGGAAGAGAGAGGGGUCGUUCUAAGGAAAGGAAGCACCUUUUAUCCCCUGAUCUCUCACGCUGCAAUUCAGAGGAGAGAAAUCCACAAAUGGCGUGUGAGCAUAGGGAUCACCAGCUAUCACCUGAUCAUACCCAUAGCAGUGUGCAGAUGCUUGACUCAUUGAAUGAAAGUUGCAUUCCUUCUGACACCAGCACCCCAAGACGUGGAAGACGUCAACUUCCUUCUGUGCCUGCAACCCCAAGACCUCUUAUUUCCUUUUCUUCUUUAAUCCGCCGACAGAAACACAGCUCACCUCCCCUGAAUGGGAGCGACAAUACACCGCCACUUCCUAGUGAACCAGGCCUGAGCGAGUCUUCCUGCUCCCUCCAGGGGCGUCACAGCUCACAGUCAACUCCUCAGCACUAUAUCUCAGAGCCAUAUUUGGCCCUACAUGAGGAGAUGCAAAGCUCAGACUGCGCAACUGAGGACACACUCACCUUUGAGGUUGCUGUCGCUACCAGUCUAGGUCGUUCUAACACCAUUGCCGCUGCUCCUUUACGUCAAGGGUGGCAGAUGCCCAAUGGUCACUAUCGUCGCAGAAGAAAGGGUGGAUUACCAUCUGUGAUAGCUUCUCGUGAAUUAAGUGACACAGAAGAGGAUGAUCGUUGUUAAAUAAAGGCGGGGAAUGUCUGAGGUGCCACAGCAGAUAGAAUUUCAUUGGCCCUUCCAUCGCAUCUCUGAGCUUCUUCGAGGGAGCCCCACAGCACUCACUGCCAAUCCCCUUACCUAAACCACAAGUACAGGCAAUGCCAUCAAAAUGGUUGAA